AAAGGGAAAAAGAAAAAGCGAAAAGCUAAGAAACAACAAAAAGAAGCAAAGCAAAGAAAAUGUCUGGCUCGCCGUCGAAGGACACAGCGACAAAGACUAAAGAAACGGUUAGCGCGACGCCGACUGCCACGCCCACAGCAGCAAAAGCAACAUCAGCAGAGAAGACUUUAACAUCGAGUGCGGCUUUGUCAUUGUUUGAUCAGCUGAAAAACGGCGUCAAUUUGAACAGUUUGACAGGAACUGCCUCGCCUUUGGCCAGCCCCUUGGCAUUCCCCUUUGCCCCGCCGGCUGCCCGAGUUACAAAUAUUGAAUUGAAGCCACCGCCGCCCCAACCGCCGAAGGCUUCCUUUAAUACGCCCACGCGGCUGCUGUUGUUUCCGCCCACAAGCAGCAGCAGCAUCGGCACUGUGCAAGCCACCAAACGGGGCAGGGAAACGACAAAAACAACAAUUGCAACAACUGCAACAGCCAACAAUAACACAACGAAAGCUAAAACACUAGCUGAAGCAGCAGCAGGAGGAGCAGCGGCAGCAGCAGCUGCUGCCAAAUUGGAUAUCAGCGCAUUGCGAUCUCAGCUCUAUCAAGGCGCCAGGAAACCUUCAAUAACAACAGCAACAGCAACAACAACAACAACUGCGAAAACUGCCAGAGGAGAACGUGGAGCUCGGGGCAAUGGGCAGAGCAUAAAGAAACGCUGCGUGGAUCGAUGCGAUUCAUCAGAGUCAUCAGACAGCGGCGUUGCCACCUCGCUAAGCUGCGCAGACUCUAGCACAGGCUCCAGUGAGGAUGCAUCCGAGCCUGGCUCACCGUACAGUGCGCACUCGCUAUUGAGCGACGAGCAGCAGCUAAACAAAAUGCCGCCACAAAUACUCAGCGCUGCACCAAGCAGCAGUAGUAGCAGCAACAACAACAGCAACAGCAACACUGCAGCAUCAACUGCUGCAGCAACAAACACAGCGAACGCCGCCAGAAGCAACAACACUGCCAAAAUCACAACAGCAACCAAUGCAACUGCACCCGCAACUGCCACUGCAACUGCAACUGCAACUGCAACAGCAAUCCCACAACGCAACAACACGACGCUGCCUACGCUGCAAUGGCCAUGGAACACGAGCCUUGGCAGCACCUCGACUGCCGUGCCGGCUGUUGCAGCGUCCAAGAAGCGCGCCGCAGUCAACAGCAGCAGCAGCAGCCACAGCCACAGCCACAACAAUAGCAGCAGCAGCAACGAGGCCAGCGGCUUGGCCUGCAUUGCUGUGGCGCCCAAGAAGUCUCGCUCAGAUCCACAAAGCAACAACAGCAGCAGCAACAGCAGCAGCAGCACCAGCGACAAAAGACUGAAGGCAGCUGCCCAGGAGGAGUCGCAGACCAAGAUCACGGGCUUCUUCAAAUCCCAAAUGAAGGCGACACCGGGCAAGCUGUCGGCGACGCCAUCGCCGCCGCCAACAGCAGCAGCAACAGCCACGCCCAACACGCUGACAAUGAGCACGCCAGCAACAACAGCCUCGCUCAACAAAUACUUCAACAUACUCUCGCAGUUGAAUGAGCAAAAGCAGCAGCAGCAGCAGCAACAGCAGCAGCAGCAACAGCAACAGUUGCAGCCCAAGCUGACGGCAACUGUUGCUGCUGCUGCUGUGCUGCCAGUGCCGGCGCUCAAGAAAAUCGAACGCAGCAGCAAGCAGCCCGCCAAAAUUGCUCAGGUGGCGCCCAAUCUGCGCAAGACGCCGAGCAGCAGCAGCCACAGCCACAGCCACAGCCACGCCCACAAUGCACACGCCGCCAACGCCCAUGCGGGCACUGGCAAAUCGCCCGCCAAAAAGCACGUGGCCAUUGCGCCGCGCACGCCCGAAAUGAAGCAGCAGCAGCAACAGUUGCAGCUGCAAACAUCGAAAACGUUGCUCGCAGCAGCAGCUUAUCGCGCGCCCCCCAGCAACAUCAUCAGCAGCAACAGCAACAACAACGGCAGCAGCAGCAGCAACAGCAGCAACAACACCUCAACAACAGUUGCUACAAAGCCCUGCCAGAAGCUGCAAUUGGCUGCUGCGGCCGCUGCCGCUGCUGCUGCUGCUGCAACGCCCACUGCCACUGCCACGCCCAACCCCACGCUCUAUCAGCUGCCCGUGCAACUGCCAAACUUGGUGCAUCUGCCGCCGCAGCUGGCGGCCGCCGCCAACAUCAUGCAGCUGAACAACGUGGCCAAGGCAGCAGUUGCUGCCGCAGCCAGCAACAAUGCAGCAGCAGCAGCCGCCUCAGCGCAGGCAGCGCAAGCGGCGCAAUACUUCCUCAACGGCACCGUCUUCAAGCUGCAGCAGGUGACGACGGCCACAACGACAACGGCAACGACCGCCACAGCGGCGGCAGCUAGCGCCAAUCCCUUCGGGCUGAAUGAGCUGCAGGAGCUGCUGCUGAAGCAGCAGCAGCAGCAGCAGCAACAGCAGCAACAGUUGCAGCUGCAACAGGCGGCGGCUGUCAAGGCGGCUGCUGCAGCGGUCGCUGCCACGCCCACAGCUGCCAAUGGCGCCGCCAACCUGCAGGAGCUGUUCCAGCAGCAAAUUGCAGCAGCAAUCGCCGCGCAACAGCAGCAACAGCAACACCACCAACAGCAGCAGCAGCAGCACUUUCAGCGCUUGGGCGCCGCGGCACCUGCGCAGCCCGUCUUCAUGGCGACGCCAGCGGGGCUGCUGCUGAAUGCAGCUACGCUGCCGGCGAUGCUGGCUCAGGCUGCAGCAGCCAUUGCUGCCAACAACCAGCAGCAGCAGCAGCAGCAGCAAAAAGUAGCUGCUGCUGUGGCGCUGCAGCAGCAGCAACAGCAACAUCAGCAGCAGCAGCAACAUCAUGCGCUGCCUGCUCUACAGCCCAUACCCGCCCUGAGUUCCAUAUUUGAGCCUGCCAGCGAGCAGCAGCAGCAGCUGCAGCUGCAGCAACAGCAGCAGCAGCUGGCCCAGCUGUUGCUCUCACAUCAGCAGCAGCAGCAUCAGCAGCAGCAGCAACAGCAGCAGCAACAACAGCAGCAGCAGCAACAAUUAAUCACUGCCACGCAGCCACCGCCACUGACUGCUGCCAACAGCAGCAGCAGCAGCAGCUGCAGCAACAACAACAGUACUGUAAUCAACAACAGCAACACUGCCCAACAGCAACAACAGCAACAGCAACGUGCCAUCAGCAAGGGUCCGCCUCCUUUGGUGACCAUCUCGAACGCCUCGCCCGCCAAGUCGCGCACGCUGCCUGCUGGGCUGGCCAAGCCGUAUCAGAAGCGGGCGCAGCAGCAGCAGCCGCCACUUAGCAAAACCAAAUAUACAGCCAUUGCCACGCCCACUACGCCGCCGCCUUUGGUGCCAACCAGCGCGGGCGCUGCUGCUGCCAAGGAGCUGCAGCAGCUGCGCAAGUGUGCCACGCCCACAACGACGCCUACGCCGCCGCUGGUGAGCAUAGCGCCGGCCAAGCUCACGCCAACGCUGAGCAUGGCCAAGCAGCAGCAGCAACAGCUGCCGCCAUCGACAACAAUUGCUAAGAUCUCUAGCAGCGCUGAUCUCUUUGACUUGGUUAAGAAUUCCAAUGGCGCCAUUAGCAUUUUGGGCAAGAGUGCCACGUCGACUGGCACGCCCACAGCCGCAACACCCGCCCCAUGCACGCUGACGCCGCUGCCCUUCAGCUCGCCCAGCAGCAACAGCAACAACAGCAACAGCAACUGCAACAGCAACUUCCAGCAAUCGGCACGUGCCUCGCCGGCUCUGUCCGCCCACUCGUCGAGCACAUUGUCGGCCUUCGGCAAGUCUUUGGUGGCCAUCAAGUCGGAGCCCAUGGAGGAGUCAGCCACGCCUCCGCUGUCGAGCACGCCCAAGCCGCAGAGCUUUGCCGGGCAGCUGCCCAAUGCCAGACGCGUGGAGCCACUGAAGCACGAGCUGUUGGCCGCCGAGUGCAACUCGAACUGCAGCAGCAGCUACACCGGCAGCAGCUCGGUGAGCAGCGCAGCAGAUCUCUCGCUGGAGGCCUCGACGCCGGCAUCGUUAAGCUCGGCGCUAUCGCCGGCCGCCAGCAGCAACAGCAGCAGCAGCCAAACGCAGCAGAUGUGCUCGCCGGAGGGGAACGCCAGCCAGCAGGACAUGCUCAGCGAGAUGGUCACGUCCUCGUGCAAUUCCAGUGCCACGGAAGACUGCUCGCAGGCAGCAACGCCAGCAGUUGCUGCAGCCACAGCAAUUGUUGCUGCCGCAGCCGCAGCUGUGACAGUUGUCGGCAGCAGCAGCAGCAGCAGCAACUAUGAUGAGGAGGACGACAAGUCGGUGGCCUCCUCAGAGACGGCCACGCACAAGCGUCUGACACCCGAGUCCGGCAUUGGCGGCAGCCUCAGCAACAGCGAGAGCAGCAACUCCAUUGCAGAUGCCAUCUCCUCGAAGUCCGUCUGCCCGCCCGCCUCGGCCAGCAGCAACAGCUGCAACGCCUCCGACAGCAACUCGUUGGCCAGCAAUGCGCCGUCGCCCGCCUCGCCCAGCAACAACAGCAACGACGAGUGCUCCACAGCCUCGCCCUGUCUCGUGCCGAGCACCAUGGUGGAUACGACGCUGGCGGAGAGCGCCAGCAAGUUGUUGCCCAAGUGCGCCAUUUCGCCGAUUCUGUCGCAGCCCAAGACGAUCCGCUUCCCGGCCGGCGCCGGAGCAGGCGGCAAGGGUGCGAAACGGCAUGAUGGCGUCUGCUACUGGGACAAGUGCAACAAGAAGCACGAGAGCAACUCGAAGCUCUUGGACCACAUGCAGACGCAUCAUGUCAACACGCAGACGGGGCCUUUCGCCUGCCUCUGGGUGGGCUGCAAGGUGUACAAUAAAGAGUCCUGCUCCCGUCGCUGGCUGGAACGCCAUGUGCUCUCGCAUGGCGGCUCAAAGCAAUUCAAGUGCAUCGUCGAGGGCUGCGGCCUGCGCUUUGGCUCACAGCUGGCUCUGCAGAAGCACGUGAACAAUCACUUCAAUGCCACGGACAAUGCCAAGGAGAGCACCAGCAAACGCACAUCCGAUCCCCCGGUGCCGAAGCAGCUGCGCAAGAAUGGCAAGAAGCUGCGAUACCGCCGACAGCCCUUCUCAGCUCGCAUGUUUGACUUCUUUGACACGGGCAUUAUGGAGGGACUGCAGCAUCGCCUACGCCAGAUCAGCACGCUUACGAACGGCGCUCAGGCCAUCACGUUCCAGGGCCAGUGCCUGAUGAGGAGGAGGAAUCGGCAAGGCGGCAACGAGUGCUUCGUACGCUGGUCGCCGCGCGAGAUCAUCUCGGAUGAGUGGAUGCCCGAAUGCCCGAACAGGACGCGUCAGCACUCGAAGGUGCUGCAAAUUAAGCACAUGCGCCCGGCGGAGAAGACACGCAUUGAUAGUCUGCUGAGCACCGCCUACAGACUGCGCUACGAUUCGCAGCUAUUCGCUGACGAUUACAAUGUGAGCGAGCUGCAGCUGCAGCAGCAGCAGCAGCAGAUGGCGGACGAGGAGGAGCAGAGCGGCAGCGAGUGUGCAGACAGCGAGGAGGACGAUGAAGAUGACAAUGAUGACGACGACGAUGACGUCGAGGACGUCGAAGACGAGGAAGACGACGAGGACGAGGACGAGGACGAAGACGACGGCGUCUCGGGCACAAUUAGCACCAGCAGCGGUACCGUCUCCAGCUACCAGCAGGUGCUCAGCAUAGCCAAGCUGCAAAUGCAACAGCGAUGCAAACAUCCGCGCAAACCCCCCAAGGCAGCGGCAAAAAUAGCGACUAAAGUGGAACAGCUAGUGCCGACAGAUGCGCUGGUGCCGAUUUAGAAAGUAUUUGCUAAGUAAUUAAACCACCCCACAACAAACAAAACAAACCCCAACAUGCCCCCAAAGGACAAACGAGUAAACAGUGACAAGUAGUUUUUAGUUUAUUUUUAUGUAAGGCCACCCAAACAACAAAGCCCGAAACUUUCAUAGACAUGCACACACAUAUACAUGCAUACUAUACGAUAAGUCUUGUAACAUACAUAUAUAGCUCUGUUCAUAUAUAGAAGGCAGAUAUUGCUUGCAGUUUUUAGAUAAUAAUGCAAAUCCACAUCAAAUGUAUAUAGAAAUCGCUUCAAUAUCAUCAAAAACGAAAACGGAAAAAAAAACGCGUGAAC